AUGAAAUUCUCGAAUCUGCCCCCCAAGCCUCCCUCCAGACAAAUCCGCGCCCUCCAGGAGGAUGAUGGCACAACAAUCACGGUCUACCAAGCCUACCCAUCCACCAUCGCCACAGCCGCCGUCAUUCAUCAAAGACUCGAUGCAAGCCCCGAGUUUCGCACCACCCGUAUGACCUGGAUCAAGCCCAGCUGGGCCUGGAUGCUCUACCGCUCCGGAUAUUCUUACAAAGAUCCUGGACAGGAGCGCAUAUUGGCUAUCAAGAUGAAGCGGGAGGAUUUUCUGGGGUUGUUGGGAAGGGGAGUCUUGACUCAUGGUACUGCUCCUCCUCGUCCCGGGCCACAGCAGGGGCAGGGAAUAACAAGUGAUGCUCAAGGACGAACAAGCGGGGAGAGAGGAGAGGAAGCAGCGCCCAAAGAAAGUACCAGGGAAAGCAAGAGGAAAGACAGGUUACAGUCGCUUGACGUCAAAAUCCAAUGGGAUCCCGAGCGGACGGUGCGGCUGCAUAGUUUGAACUAUCGCAGUAUUCAGAUUGGGAUACCAGCUGGGUUGAUCAGAGAGUGGGCGCAGGAUAUGAUUGUGAACAUUGAGGAUGUUACAGACAAAGCGAGAACGUUGAAGAAAAUACUUGAUGAGAGGCCAGAUGUGAAUGAUGAGGAAUUGGCUGAAUUAGGGCUGAUCCCAAAGGAGACUGAGUUUGAGGUGCCAGUCGAGUUGAGAAGUCGAUUAGGGAUGUAUCAUGAUGGGUUGGUGAUGGCGUCGGACCCGUAG